GAACCUUACGAGAUUGAAAUGUGUAAACCAGAGCUUACAGAGGAAGAGUUUAGCAAAAAUAUCACGCCCAUUGUUCAGGUGAGGCCGCAAGUUUUAGUGAAUUCGACGAUUUUGAGUAGUGUGUAAUGCAAUAUAUGACACAGUUUGUCUUGUUUUGUCCAGGAAUACUUUGAGCAUGGUGAAACUGAGGAUGUCUUGGUAAGUACUGUUCUUGUGUUCAUUGACCUGCAGGCAUCUUUUAAUUAAUUCUGGUGAGUUUGUUACUUUUGAUUAGGAGAGCCUUGUCACACGUUCAUCAGAACGCAUCCUAAUCUAGUGUUCCUGUGGCAUAAGGGCAGAAGUUUUUGAGCUAUCACGGGUGACCGCUGAUUAGCUGCCCCUAUUAAUUUUAUCAAGGGCAUCUCUGUUAAAGUUAACUUUAACAAUGUGAUUUAAAUAAAACAAUAAUUAUUUUAAAAAAAACAAAAGGGCAUCUCAGCUGCAGGAAACUGGACUGCUUUGGACUCAUUUUUGUUUCCUUUCGGCUUUAGUCUCGUUUUCAUGCAGAUGUCAUGCUUGUAGAAUAAGACGAACACAGAUCCAUAAUCAAUAAUUAUUACUUAGUAAUAAUUUACCAGGGAUUCUCAAGAGCUAGUGUUUAUAUAUACAUCAUCUUGAUUUUUGGCUAUCUCCUUAAUUUAUAUAUUUCAUAUCGACAAGAGUUUGCAUACUGAAACUUGAUGUGAUACUAUAAGCUGCUAAAUAACUAGGUGCUGAAAGUUUUGGAUGACCUUAGAUUGUUUUAUAAGUUGUGACUGGAAAAUAAUGUUUUUUUUGUGACUUCCAACCCAGCAAGUUUAAAGUUGCAGGGAUUUUGUACUUGCAAUUUUAGUCCUAUAUCAUGUAUACUUAGUAUUCUCUAGAUGCCAUAAUGGUGAAAGGUCAAUUGUGUAUUUGAACUAUAUUUUUGUCCAGUAUUUUGUUAAAGUGGUAGUCUGUUUUAAAAUGUCUGUUCCUGAGAUUUUUUUGUGUUGCAAACUGCAGAUGUCCCUUGCAGAACUUAACAUUUCUUCAAGAAAAUAUAAGGUCAGUGCAAAAAAUAGAAGUUAGAACUGAUGUUAUGAUUUAAAGUUUCAAGUGAUCAACAUAUUUUCCUGGAAAACUUUGACUUUGAAAAGAUUUUAUAUUUAUAUUGAUUAUUAUUAUUAUUAUUAGUUUCCAAACCAACUGACUUUUAAAUCACUAAUAAGCCGGACAAGCUUUUGUUGUUGUUCUGUUAAUUAGCCCCACCAUAACUGGACAUAUUACUCCUUGACAAAAUGAUUGAAUGUUUAAAUUAACACAGGUUCCUGCUUUGGCCGUUUGCCUUGCACUGGAAAAGAAGGUAAAUAAAUCCUACUAGUUUUAACAUCCAUUAUGGUUUAGAACUACAGUAGAACCCCGAUAACUCAAACUCCCUGCUAACUCGAAUUAUGUCCAAUUUCCCUUGGAUUUCACCCCACUUUUCAGUCAUUUUUACUCAGUUAACUUGAACAAGGAUAACUCGAAUUCCCGUCUAAGUCGAACCAAAUUUCCUCUCCCUUGAUCAAAGAUUCACUGAAAUUUACCUCAAUGACUCAAAUUCUGGUUCUAAUGUAACUCAACUCGGAUGCCAUCCCAUUAGCUCAUCUUGUUAUAUAAGGGUGAAAACACUAAAAGUAACACUGGUCAACACUACAGCAAUUCAAUUUUAAUUGGUUCAACAAACAGAUCUCGUUUUAUCAUAAAACUGGUCAAUUACGUUACCAUUUCUAACGUUCGAAGUAAGUUUAAUUUGCACUGCACUAUACACCAAAGUGCUGAAAAAUCAGUAACUAUCAAUUUUUAACAUGGCACAUUGAAUUUUGCAAUCGACCCAUUUCACUCGAACCUUCGCUAACUCAAACUAGUUUUCAUUUCCCUUCAGAGUUUGAGUUACUGGCCAGGGGUUCUACUGUAUUUUCGUUUUCAGAGUUCAUAGUUUGUUCCAGGAAGGGAGUGUCGGCUGAAAGCUUGCUGGCAGAGUAAUGUCCAGUAAUGCGUGGAUAGCUGAAAGAUGCCAAAUAGGGUUGUGUCGCAUAUUUUAAAGGAACAAGCAGUACAAAAUGUUUUUUUCUGUUGAUUUUUUGCAAAACAUUAUGGAUUGUUUAGAAAAGCUUGCUACUUGGCUUGUUAUGUUCUGCAACACUGAAGUUUGAAUUGCCACGUUUUGUUACAGGGAACACAAAGGGAAAUGGCAUCUGUGUUGAUAUCUGAUCUUUAUGGCAAACACCUUACCCAAAAUGACAUUGCAAAAGGUUUGUUUUCCAAUAUUAUUUACAGUUAGCUCUAAGAUAAAAGGUAGCUGCAGGCAAUAAUAAGUUCCAUCUUAGAUAGGUCCAUCUUAUAGCAGUGUUCUCCUUAUCGGGCGGUAACCAGUAAAAUUUACCGCCUGAAGCAACACUUCUUACCACCUGCAAUGGCUUGAAGGUCGACUAAAAUUAAAAAAUGUGAAAGUUGUGAUGUGAUCCACUUCUCUCAAGGAAUGAAUGAAUAUAUGGAAAAGUACUUAAGUAUACACAGUUUUUCUAUUUAUGGGCCAUGCAUUUUGGAAAGAGAACUCUGAAGAAAGAGUAAAAUUAUUGGAAUUAAACGUUUUAAAUUGUUGUGUAAGUUAACAAUGGCCAAUUUGUGUAAAAUAGGUCUUAAAGUGAGGGAAUGACAUUUCAGAGAACGUAGCUCCAGGAUCAUGUCCCUCACUUUACUACCCCCCCCCCUCCCCCCCCCGGAAAUUACGCCUCUGUGGUGCAUAUUUUUGGCCUUACUGGCCAUGAAUGGUCCCUUACCCUCUGAGCUGAAAUUAGGGAUAACACUGUUAUAGAGAGCCAAGGAGCAUGGCUGGAGAAUGGCAGUCAGGCCAAGUUUAGGUGUUUGUUUUAGAAAUAAGUUUCUUCCAUGGAGGUGCAAUUUAGUGGUAAAUUAUUAAUUUCUUAAAAUUCAACCCACGUCUCUCCUUUGCUAUAAGCAGCUUAAAUGUUAUACGGCAACUCAUUACCCCCUCAUGACGUGGUUUAUAUUUUGAAGACUUAGUUGAAAAUUACACAUCAAAAUCAAGCUUGCAAUGUAAUAAGGGUUCACAGAUAAGUGAUUUUAAUAUGAAUUUAUUAGGGUGUAGUUAUCAGUUGGUGAAACAAGACUGAUAUUUUUGUGGAAUUUUUAACUAUUAGGAUUUCAGCAGCUACUUGACGAUCUUGAUGACCUGUCCUUGGACACUCCAGAAGCCCCUGAGGUUAGUUCCAACCUGCACAUUAAUAAUUUUAUAACUGUAAAGUCAUGAGUCUGUGUAGUUGAAGUUUGCUGAAAACUGAUUUAUGAGGGGUAGGGUGGUGGAGUUCCUGGAUCCACCCCUUAAAAGUGCUGGUAGCUGUAGUAUAAUAAUGCUUAUUUAUAAUUGUGAGAGAGGCCUACUUAGGAUUAUUAUUUUUUGGCUUUGAUUUGCAUGUGAAGGUGCUUGGAAAGUUUAUUGCUCGUGCUGUUGCUGACGAUUGUCUACCACCGGCUUUUAUCAGCAAUUUGGGCGAUACUCCUGAAGAGUCUAAUCAACGGUAAGUAACUGUUGCAACUGCUUUUGUAAUGGUGUAGAAUGACGAGCACUCUGAUCUCGAGAUGGUUUGAUUUAACGGUUAAUAUCAUUGUGAACCUGGUAAGCAUAAAGUGCAGAGCUUGAAAUUUCGACUGAUACUGUUGCCAAAUGAGACUAACAUUUUCUCCUUGCCAACUAAAAAUUCAGGUUUAGUUACUACUUUCGCGACCAGAUUUCUCUAUGAUUUACAUUUAAAUUAAAAGAGUAAAGUUAAAACAAACAUUUCAUCUUUUCUUGCUUUGUUGUCGUAAAAAAAAUGUGCCAAUUCGCAUAAACAAAGCCAGUUUACCUCCAAAUUUAUACUGACUCCUGUCCACAUAUUUUCAAACAAUCAAAUCUCAUAGAUUGUGCCAUACUAUGAGUUGUGUAAUUUACAUUAUGAAAAGAGGUGACUAAAAAUUUGUAUCUGGUGACUAUAUUUCUCCAGUUGGUCACCAAAAGGUGACCUGAGGAUUUUUUAAUUUUGAAGUGACAUUUACAGAUCAUAAAAAUUGUAGUCAGAUAAUCCGAAUUCUAUAGCUGACUUGAGGUGAAUAACAAAAUUGAGUGCCACAAGAUAGUUGAUGUCUUCGUGGGCGACCACCUCUGGAAAGUGACCACCUCCCAUAACCGACCACCUAUCAAUAACACCAAACUUUUCCCAGUCAAAUGCCUACAAUCAGAACCUCUCAUAAACGACCACCUCCCAUAAGUGACAGCAACGACUUUUUGGCCUGAUGGUUUAUUAUUUUUCAUUGUUUGUGUCCUCUUGUAAGUAACAACCUGACGCAUGGUGUGGUCUGUGUUCACUGUAUAUACACUAUGCCGCUCACUAUUAUGUUAGAGGUCAAAUUUGACUUCAAGUUAAUUUUGAUUUAACCUGCUAGGUUGAUUAUCAGUUUUCUUUGUCUCCUUUCCCUAAGAGACACAAGAAAUUGAGAUUCAACCUAGGAUGAAAAUAUUUAAGCUGAAUUCAAAUUUGACCUGUAACAUAUAUGUGACUAAGAAAUGGCAUGCAAUAAAUCAUAUUCCAAAAAUUAGAUGUGUCGGAACCUCUUCUUGUUAGAGACACCUGUUUGUUGAUUCUUGAGAGCGACCACCCCCCCAUAAGUGACCGCUAAAUCAUUGCAUUUUGGGUCCUUGCUAAGAGGAGGUUAUUAGAACGUGGCAUUACUAGGAGUGACCUUUGGGUUAACCACAUAAUAUUACACUUUAACAGGAAAGCGCUAACUGAAGCAGAUCUGCUGUUGAGAUUAAAGCAUGGAAUGGUGCGCUUAGACAGUGUGUGGGGUAUUGUUGGAGGACGCCGCCCAGUGAAGCAACUUGUUAAAAAGGUGAGGAUGAAUUCCUAUUGCUUGAGUGUUUCUGCUUCCAACACAGCUGCAGUCUUGGGAUUAAAAUUAAUACCAUGCUGCAUCCGUGUCAAAAUGGGAGUGGAAGCCAGAAAUUAUUUUUGAUGACAUCUAACAAUAUCACCAAAAGUGUCUGACUGGGCAACAUGGAAAAAGCUGUGACCCUGUUUUCCACAUUUUGACCAUGCUGUUCAUAUUUUCCCAAUGUCUUUGCUUUACUAUAAUACAGUAUAACAAGUCACUUUAUGAGUGGUCCCAAAAUUCCAGAUCAUUAUCAGAUUAAUAUUUUUUAUUAUUAACUGUAUUUUCCUCCUGUAGAUGUUGCUGCUACUUAAGGAGUAUCUGCAUUCAGAAGACGUUGAAGAAGUGAGUCAACAUUCUGAAUGUAUUUUAAAAACUGAAAACAUGACUAACUUUUCCAGUUUGAUAUUGAUAAAUUAUUUAUUGCAAAGAAGACACUAAGAAGAUAAGACAAUAAGACUUGCAAGCUCUGACUUGGUAAUUUUUAAGAAGAGUAAUGUAAUGAAAAUUAAAGCUCGUGAUGAAUGAUAAAUCCAUCAUUUUUUUAAGGCAAGUCGCUGCCUCCGUGAGCUGGAAGUACCACAUUUCCACCAUGAGUUGAUAUAUGAGGUAAUAUUUUGUUUUGUUGCUUUAACCACCCUACUAAUCAGGGUCCGAAAUUGCGCCUUCCUGGUCGCCAAUGCGACUAAAAAUUCAGUCCUGGCGACCAGAAUUUCAUUGCUGGUCGCCAGCUAGCGACUUGUAAAGCUGGCUGUUAUUGUGGACUUUAACGUUCGGAGAAACUUCGAAGCUAUUAUAUCUUACUUUUUGUCCUGCUGAUAUUUUUUAAUUAAAAGUGAAACGAAUAUUCCUGUAAUAAUACCUCCAAAACAGCUACGAUCAAUACAAGUUGUACGUUUCCAAGCCGCCAUGUUGUUUUCCAUAGCUGAAAUACGAUAAGUAAGUUAUGUACUCUGUGGACUUUUGCGAGUAAUGUGGCACAGUUGUGGCCUGGUACGAGACACUUGGCGGCUUGACUCGUGUUUGUGUUUCGUGGUAGUUAUGGGAAGAAAAUAGAGUUUUGAUAUGAUCAUUGCAGUCAUGGGCAGACAGCUUUCUGUUCCUACGUUCUAGGUCAGAUAGCUUUAUAUCUCCAAAGAGUAAUUUGUGGAAAAAAAAUAAGACUCGUACACGUACGAUUGCUCUAUGGUAUCGGAAGCGGAAGUAGUGCAAUUUUUGAGCAUAAAAACGUCCAUACGAUGCAUCUUUUACUUGUGUUGUAACUUUUAUUUGAAAAAAAGGGAGGGGGAAUUUUGGCGACCACAAUUUGCCCUCUGGCGACAAAAAAUUUAUACUUGAUCGCCAGUUGGCGCCCGUAUUAAAAAGUUAAUUUCGGACCCUGCUAAUGGAUAAUCAGAAGUACUGUCAUCACUUAAAUACAUAUAUCCCAAUCUUCUCGCAACUCCACCACCAAAAAACAACAGCGCUCACCGGCUAAUCCUGCCAGUUACGCAGGCUAGUUCUACAGUAGCAGCCAUGGAGAGGAAGCAACAAUUUUCAAGAUAAUUAUACCUGUAGUAAUUUCAAAUUUCUGUUUCACCAUCUGUUGGGAGACAUUGCUCUGGUGUUGUGGUUCAAUUUUAUCCUUGGUUUAAAUUUUAUUUCCCUUUGUUUUAAACUCAUUGUUGUAAAUUACCAUUCCCUAAAACAAAGGGAAAUAAAAUUUAAACCAAGGAUAAAAUUGAACCACAACAUAGGCAUGCCUUGACCAUCUAUUUGUGUAUAUGCUCCUCAAAGAGAGAUCAAGAAGAAAAAUUUAUAAAGUUCUUAUUACUUCAUGGUUAAAAGAAACAACUAAAAAAUCUAAUCCACUGUUUUGGUUCUAGUCAGAAUUAAUGAUGGCAAAAAUUAAAGGCAUUGGUCUGUACCUCAAACCAUGAUAGAUAAAUGUAGUGCAUACCUUUAAAAUCUAAGUUGGUGCUGUUCCUUUAUAGACUAUUAUUUUCUUCAAAUAUUAUUUCCUUUUAAAGCCAAUGUUACUGUAUGUUCUAUUGACAGGCCAUUGUAAUGAUGCUGGAAGAUGGCCAUGAACGAGUGAUGUCCUUGAUGAAAGACUUGUUUCAGUUCUUCUCAAAGACCAACUUUGUCACCCCAGUCCAAAUGAAAAGUGUAAGCUUUUGGACUCAUGACAAGAUACCUUAUAUUAUUGAAUUCAGUUGAGUUAUGGUGGCAUUAGCAAUGCAAAGCAGGCUUAACUUCUUGUUUUCUUAAACUAUUCUCUCAGGGAUUUGAACGGGUGUUUGAGUCAUUUGCUGAUAUCCAGUUGGAUGUUCCACAUGCCCAUACUUCCCUGGAGAAAUUUACAGACAUGUGCGCUCGUGAUGGAAUAAUUCCAAUUUCCCUGACUUUGAAGGUUCCAUCCAGGUAUGAAACACAAUCAAUAUCAAGAUAUUGUUCACCAUUCCCUGAUCAGAAAGUUAUUCGUCUCUUAUCAGUAUACGUUUAAGUAGAACGUUAAUUCACCCCACCCCCACCCCCCCCCCCCCCCAAAAAAAGACGAAGACUUAUCAAACAAAUUUUAUCAGGGUGCACUAACGAUGAUAAUUUUUGGUGCUUUAGGCAGUCUUAGCGUGUAAAAAUUGGCCCAAGUCUUUAAAGUUUCAAUCCAUGUCGUGUCCUUCCAUGCUGUCUGUAGCAACACAUGACAGAAAACCAUGUUGAUGCCUAAAUAUAGCCUUGAAUAACAAAACUGGACCAUUAUGUUUGGAAAUCAGUUGAUCCGAAGACACAUCUUUGCUUUCUAAAAAGAAGGCAAACAGCGUGACAAAGCCCCCUCGAAAUCCUUAAGAAACCUCUUCUGUUUUGCUUUGACAGGGGCCGCAAGCGCUUUGUGAGUGAGGGUGAUGGAGGACUAGUAAAGGUAUAACUCACGCAGCCGUCCACCCAAGGAGCAAUUGAUGAGCCAGACCUGCAAAUGAACAAGGCCUUCUUAGAACAGGGAGAUCUUUCGUGGUUAAAAUAAUAGUCACAAGCCGGCACCUGACCUCUGAAUUAGUUUGAUUGGUGUGUGGGAUAAUUAAGUACUGGGAAUGUAGACACUUACUGUUUUUCCGAUAUUCAGAUCUGCGAAUCGGAUUGCCCCCUUAUCAAAUUAUUGUCCUCUGUCUGGUCAAACCAGCGUGCAGACGUUUCUUAUUUGAUUCGAAUCAGUAUAGAAUUUUGAGAAGGUCUGCCCAAACAGGUUGAAGGGCAGUAAACUGAUGAAGUAAAUAGGAAACGUAUGUGAGCAGGUUAUAGAUGGCCUGGUCCCGUAAUUCUUCACAUUCUAAAUCAGGCCUGUUUCAAACAUCGUGCUAAGCUGGGCCGACUGUAGCUCCGACUAGCACGACUUGGUUUCAGACAUCAAAUUUAAUUCAGUCGAAUAGAACGGCUGUUGCCGAAAACAAAACACAAACAUAAAGAAACGGUUCAGCAAACUUUUUAAAUGUAUUCUAACGUGUGUCAGUAUAAUUUAUGAAUUGAGUUCGGCACGUCAGCAGCGCGACGUUCGAAAACAGGUCAAGCUACUGUUGUGCCUAAGUCGAAUUUAAUUCGAUCAGUUUAGUUCGGCGCGGCAGUAGCACGACGUUUAAAACCGGCCUUACUCUUAUCCUCUCUUCGAAUUUUCGGCAAGACACUACGAAACGUUUAUCAGGGAUUUUCAUCUCACACGUUGUUACAAUUUACCUUGUUUGAAACAAUAGUUGAUUCCAGAGUGAACUGCAAGGGUUUAAAGUCAUCUCGUUACCAAACCAUCUCACCAACAACGAAAUCGCCAUCAAGAUGUCAACUCGCCAACACAUAAUAACUCUUCAAUAAUUGACACAGCUUACUUUCCUAGGAUUACCUACAGCUAGGAUUUUUACUUGUUCGUCAAGCUUAAUACAAAUCUGUCGAUCUGUGCUUUCGAUGAGUAUUAAGAUAUGUAAUUGUUGGUGGCGAUUUCGUAGGUGGCGAAGUGACCGGAUAUUACUGCAAGCUUGUAGGUGAAUGAAUUCAGUUUCGGUAUUUGCACCCGCUAAAAUAAAAACCUAAACCUGUGCCCAAGUGAAAAAUACUCUGUUUUUGUACAGGUUGUUAGGGAUCAUUGUCUUGCCUACGUUAAUAUGCCUCACGUUAAACUGCCGUAGCAUCUUACUGAGUUUAAGUGCGAACAGCGUCGAAUUGUGGCUUGGAAUUUAAACUUUGGGAGUAACUAUUUGAAAAAUGAUUUAAAAAUGCUCCAAGGGUGUUUCUAGAUUAAUUGUAAAAAAAAAGGAAGUAAACACAAAACUUCAAUGGGAUAACUAAAUGGGUAGUUGGUUGGGAGAAGAAACGUUAUUUUCUUGUAAUGUAGUUAGUCCGUUUAUCUUGGGCACUAGGGAAAAUUGCUUCUGUAUAAUUAUUCAAAUUCUCAUUCUUAGGAUCGCUUUGCUUUCUCAGUAAGGAUGUGUUUUUCGAUUGACUGUUUUUGCGGACUGAAAAGACAUAGAAACCUUAUUGCAAUUUUCUUGUGAGGAUCUUUCAGUCAUUGGAAUCCUGUAUGAGUUCUCUUUAGAGAAGUGAAAAGAGAGAAAAAGAAAGGGAAAAAAACUAAAAUAACAAGAAAAAACGUUCGGUCAGUCAAACGCGCCAUGUUAGCGGCAUAUUUUUUAGUUGUCUACAGGAAGGUUCUCUUUUUUCAGUUUAAUUUAAGUGGUACCAAAUCUCAAUUACUGACAGUGCAAAAUCACUCUAAGUCAUAACUAAGUUUUCUUAUUCAAACACGUUGUAUCUCCCUGCUCGUAUGUGUAAACUGUACAGAAACUCUGGCUUUAAAAACUCAAUAAAACAAAAAAUUCAAACGAAAAGUAUCGAGUGAUGUUUCUUUACCUUAUAAAUGUCUCAAAGUAGCUGCUGGCAACUCCAGAUCGCCAUAAAGGCUUAUAAGCUGGAGAGUAACCUUCAC